AUCAAGAAAUGAUUCAAAUUCCCACUAAUUUCAAAUAAUUUAGAAACUUAAUUAAAAAAAAAAAUUUAAUGUAUCUCUUCCAUUGACAUGACACUUAUACAUUUAACAAAGCUUCAUUGAACCUUUGAUCAACGUGCACAGCUCUACAUUCCUUUUUAUCUCUUUGUCUUCUUAGGUUGGACUUGUCUCAACAAUUUCAUGGACCUUAACCAAACUUUGACAGGGAAAGCUUUGACAGCCCAAAGUUGCAGCAACUUCGACAGUAAAGUUUAGGGGUGUUGGAAGUUGCUCAGUAGCCACAGUCUUGAGGAAAUCUGGUUUAUUUGAUUAAUUUAGUCAAGGAUCAUGCACGAUUUCUUGCAGAAGACAAGGUUCACAAAAGCAUCAUUGUUUAGUUAGUGUGCAGUUACAUCACAGUUUGCUCAAGACAUCACUUAUGCAUGGUCUACUUUAUAAACGAUACACAGGAGGAACCAAAAGUUCACAAUUGAGCUCUAAAGAACUGUUUUUUAGCAUCUGAUCAGGAAUUUAAGGCUGAAUCACCAUGCAAAACACUCUGGAAGACUUGACAUCUCAAAUGUAACUGCAUGUCAAUGUUUUUGAAGCAAUGGCAAACAGUAAUUCUGAGACUGAAUCCAAGCAACGGGCAGUAUUGGUCGAAUGGUUGAAUAGUAUUCUUCCCAAUCUAAGUUUGCCAAUAAAUGCUUCAGAUGAAGAAUUGAGAGCUAACUUGGUUGACGGCGCCGUUCUAUGUAAAAUAUUGAACAGGGUUAGACCUGGUUCUGUAAAUGAGGAAGGUUAUCCUGAAAAUUCUUCAGUGCUGCGGUCAGAAAAUGUUACAAGGUUUCUGACAGCAGUGGAUGAGCUAGGAAUACCCAGAUUUGAGGUAUCAGACCUAGAAAAGGGAUCUAUGAAGGCUGUUGUUGACUGCCUUCUAAGACUAAAAGCACAAUUUAUGCCAUCUGGAUGUAACUUGUCCACCACUAGUACUAUUACUAAACCUGGAAACAUUCAUGGGGAUGCAUCAUCCCGAGGGCCUCUCACACCAUUAUCUGGAGAAAAAAGGUUGAAGGCUUCCUCAGAGUCAAAAUUACAACGGGCCUUGCACACUCCUUUAAUGUCAGAACCAUCAGCUGCAGGACUGCAUCAUGUUGGACACAAGUUCCAUGAGGUGUUUCAGUUGAAACAAGGGCUGUAUGCAGAUCUCCCUGCAACAAAAAUUUCAGAGAUGAUGAAAUCAAACAGUUUAGAUAAUGCCCCUACUCAGUCACUUUUAAGUGUUGUGAAUGGAAUUCUGGAUGAAAGUGUUGAAAGAAAGAUUGGUGAAAUUCCUCAUCGUGUGGCAUGUCUACUGAGAAAAGUUGUGCAGGAGAUUGAACGGCGUAUAUCAACUCAAGCAGAGCACCUAAGAACUCAAAACAACCUUUUCAAGGCUCGCGAGGAGAAGUACCAGUCAAGAAUCAGAGUACUCGAGGCCCUUGCAUCUGGAGCUGGUGAAGAGACUAAGUAUGUCACGAACCAGCUUCAGCAAAUAAAGACUGAGAACUCCAAAGUGCAAGAAAAACGGAAAGUUGAGGAGCAGGAGAUAAAACAGUUAAUGAAAGAAAAUGAUAAACACAAUCUUGAAAUCUCAGCACUGAAGCAAGAGUUAGAAAUUGCCAAAAAGAUGCAUGAGCAGCACUGCUUUGAAGUGGAAGCAGGGGUUAAGGGUGCCAAAGCAGGACUUCAGAUGAGGAUAAAAGAGCUUGAGUGUCUCCUUGCUGAUUCAAACAAUAGGGUGAAAGAGCUCGAAGUAAUUUCCGAGUCAAAAUGCCAAAGAUGGAACAUGAAAGAGAACAUCUACCAAAGCUUUAUGGAUUUUCAGUUUGGCGCAAUGAAGGAGCUAAGGGUCACUUCUCACUCCAUCAAGCAAGAAAUUUUGAAAACACAGAAGAGCUAUUCUGAGGAAUUUAAUUACUUAGAAGUAAAGCUUAAAGCAUUAGCAGAUGCGGCCGAGAACUAUCAUGCAGUUCUUGCUGAAAACCGAAAGCUUUUUAAUGAGCUUCAGGACCUGAAAGGAAACAUUAGAGUUUAUUGUCGAAUAAGGCCAUUUCUGCCUGGACAAACUGGAAAACAGACAAUCAUAGAAAAUAUUGGUGAAAAUGGCCAGUUAGUUAUUGCAAAUCCCUCCAAGCCAGGGAAAGAUGGCCAAAGAUCAUUCAAGUUUAAUAAGGUCUUUGGUCCAGCUGCUACUCAAGGGGAGGUAUUUCAAGAUAUUCAACCAUUUGUGCAAUCAGUAGUUGAUGGGUACAAUGUAUGUAUAUUUGCUUAUGGCCAAACAGGUUCAGGGAAAACCUACACAAUGACUGGUCCUAAUGGAGCAACUGAAGAGGAAUGGGGUGUUAAUUAUCGUGCUUUGAAUUGUCUCUUCAAAAUCUCUCAAAAUAGAAGAAGCACCAUUCUCUAUGAAGUUGGGGUUCAAAUGGUCGAAAUAUAUAAUGAACAAGUGCGCGAUUUAUUAUCAAGUGGUGGUUCUCAAAAGAAGCUUGGGAUUACAACUAUCUCUCAACCUAAUGGGUUAGCUGUACCUGAUGCUACCAUGCUCCCUGUUAUAUCAACCUCUGAUGUAUUGGAUUUAAUGAAUAUUGGACUCAAGAAUAGAGCUGUUGGUGCUACUGCUCUAAAUGAAAGAAGUAGUCGCUCUCACAGCAUUGUGACAAUUCAUGUUCGCGGGAAGGAUUUGAAGGUUGGCACUACUUUAUAUGGUAAUCUUCAUUUGGUAGAUCUAGCAGGAAGUGAAAGAGUCGAUAGAUCUGAGGUAACUGGAGAUAGGCUUAAGGAAGCACAACAUAUAAACAAAUCAUUGUCUUCCCUUGGAGAUGUAAUUUUUGCUCUUGCACAAAAGAGUCCUCAUGUGCCGUACAGAAAUAGCAAGCUCACUCAAGUACUUCAGAGCUCUCUCGGUGGUCAAGCAAAGACCCUUAUGUUUGUGCAGCUCAAUCCUGAUGCCACUUCCUUUUCUGAAAGUAUGAGUACUUUGAAGUUUGCUGAACGGGUCUCUGGAGUUGAGCUAGGUGCUGCACGAAGUAGCAAAGAGGGGAAGGAUGUUAGGGAACUAAUGGAGCAGAUGGCAUGUCUCAAGGACACAAUAGCCAAAAAGGAUGAGGAGAUUGAGCGGUUGCAAUUACUUAAAGAUCUAAAAAAUGGAUACCCUAGCAUCAAUGGUGAGCAGCAUGGAACAAGCUCAUUGAGUGAUAAGCAUUUUGAAGCUGAUUACCAGCAGUCCACGGAUGACGAAAAGUUUACUGAAAUAUCUGAUGGUAGUCUUUCUAUGGGAACAGAAACUGAUGACUCAGCUGAAUACAGUCUUUCCCCUGAAGGCAUGAAUUUGGGAAAGACUAAAGUAGCAACAAGGACUCGACUUCAACAAAAACUCGCACAAGGGCUAACUGCAUCAAGAACAGACUCUUCGAGGGUUUCAACAAGCAUUAAAAAGAGUGUAAGCUCCACUUCGCUCAAGCCUUCUCCGAGAAGAUGGCAGUAAAUAAGACAACAGAAGUUGCAGUUGUUCACAAUUCUUGUUUAUAGUCUGAUACUCAUCAAUGGUUUUUUGACUUAUACAUUAGAUGUCAUCACAACUUUGCAGAUAUUAUCUCAACUCUGAUAAGUUUCUGAAUUCGUUCUCCUCACAUAGGUUGUAGGCAGUUCUGCCUUAAUUGGAAUUUUGUUACAAAUUUUGAUACUUUUUAGUGCACUCUUCUUUCCCCUUGGAUCAAAACUGUAAUCGAUGCUAUUGGUUCAUUGGAGUAUGUACAUACAUUUGUACAAAUUUGUAUACAUAUCCUAGUGUUCUUUUCUCAAUUUAGUCCAGUAUCUCCUUGCUAAUUCAUUCUGCCUCUCAAACCUUCUGCAAUCUUCAGAAAGAAUGGUUUUCUAUACAAUCAAGUCUCAUUUUCAAUAUAGUUGAUGAUGAUGCCUGCAGACGAGCAAGUGAAAUCCCUUAAGAUGACUACAUUCAAGUUUUUGUUUCUACUGUUUGUUUGCAUUUUGGUUGUUUAGUGUUGAAGGGAGGGGUGAAGAUAUGGACAUAUGGAGAAGAGGUCAUGGUAGCAGUGGCCGGUUAUGGCCUUAUGUUAAGGUGCCAUAAAGGUGCUAUGGUUGGGAGCUUCAUGUCAUCUUCCUUCAAAUCAAAAAGGAAGAGGGACCUUUGAAGUCCAAGA